AUGUUGAUGUCUACAGGUUGUGGAGAAAAGAUGAAUGCCAUCCAGGUGAUUUCCCUCACUCUGCUGUCCGUCUUGGCAGCCAACGCCCAGGUCAUCAUGCCAGGAAGAUGCCCGAGGCCUGCUGUCCAGGAGAAAUUUGAUGCAGCCAGGUAUCUUGGUACAUGGUACGACAUCCAGAGACUGCCACAUAAUUUCCAGAAGGGCGAGUGCAGCACUGCCACCUACAGCCUGAAGAGCCCUGGAGUUGUUGGCGUCCUCAACAGAGAGCUGCUUGCUGAUGGGACUAUUGACUCCAUCAGCGGCACUGCCAUGGCUAAGGACCCCUCUGAGCCUGCCAAGCUGGUGGUUUCCUUCUUUGAGAAUUCUCCCCCUGCCCCUUACUGGGUGCUGUCCACCGACUACGACAACUACUCCCUGGUCUACAGCUGCACCGACCUCGGGGUGCUGCAUGUGGAGUUUGCCUGGAUCAUGAGCCGGCAGCCAACCCUGCCUGAGGAGACCAUUGAGGAGCUGCACAGCACCCUGUCCUCCAUCGGAGUCAGAGUGGAUAAGCUGCUCACCACCAACCAGGACCCAGUUUACUGCAGUGCCAUGAACCAGUAAACAGACUGAGACGGUUCUGCUUCAGACUGUUGAGUGGUGUGAGUGUUGCUUGUGUGCUCUGACUGUAUGUCUCAUGAAAAGUCAAUAAACUUAUUUAAAUUGAUUUUAACCUUCCUGUGGGUCUUUGUGGUGGU